AUGUGGAGACAUGUUCAAAAAACAUUAUCUUUUAAUAUACUACCUAUAGCUUUAAUAUUGAUUUGCCAUAGUUUGUAUAACCCAACUGAUAGUGGUGCAGUUCAGAUUACACAAAACAAUUUAGACAUGGUACUAGCAUCUAAUGAGGUGGUAUUCAUUAACUUUUACGCUGAGUGGUGUAAAUUUAGCAACAUGCUGAUGCCGAUUUUCGAUGAUGCGGCGGACGAAGUUGUCAAGGAAGGUUAUGAUACUGGAAAAGUUGUUAUGGGAAAGGUAGACUGUGAUAAGGAAGGAGCUAUAGCAACAAGGUUUCACAUUACAAAGUAUCCCACACUAAAGCUCUUCCGUAAUGGCCUUCCAGCUAAGAAGGAAUAUAGAGGUAAGCGUUCAGUUGAAGCAUUUGCUGAAUUCAUUAAGAAGCAGUUGACUGAUCCCAUCAUAACCUUUGGUUCGUUAAAAGAACUGCAUGAUCUAAGUGAAGACAAGAGGCACAUAAUUGCUUAUAUGGAUAGAAGAGAUCAGCCUGAAUAUGAAGUAAUACGAAGAGUUGCUGCUAGUCUUAAAGAUGAAUGUAUCUUCCAUGCUGGUUUUGGAGAUGCUUCUCAGCAAAUGCACCCACCAGGUCAACCAAUUGUUGUGUUCAGGACUGACAGAAAAACUUCCACCGAGCCUGAUGAAACUUAUCUAGGCUCACUAAAAAGCUUUGACGAAUUAUAUAACUGGGUUCAAGAAAAGUGCAUUCCUCUGGUCCGUGAGAUAACCUUUGAAAAUGCAGAAGAGCUCACAGAGGAUGGAUUGCCAUUCCUAAUUUUGUUUCAUCAUCCUUCAGAUACAGAAAGUAUAAAGAAGUACAAAGAAAUCAUAAGUAGGGAGUUGGUGUCUGAAAAACAGAAUGUAAACUUCCUUACGGCGGACGGUGUGCGAUUCGAGCAUCCUCUACACCAUUUGGGAAAAUCUGUUUCUGAUCUACCUUUAAUAGCCAUUGACUCAUUCCGCCACAUGUACUUGUUCCCUGACUACAAUGAUAUGGAAAAGCCUGGCAAGCUGAAACAAUUUUUACAAGAUUUAUACUCUGGUAAACUUCACAGGGAAUUCCAUUAUGGACCAGAGAGCCCACAAGUGGUGGUGAAUACGGAUAUGAAGGUUACCACACCCCCAGAAUCCACGUUUAAAAAGCUUGCGCCGUCGAAAAACAGAUACACACUCCUUAGGGAUGAAUUAUAA